GCUGUGAUCGAAAUCCCGCUACCAUUGCUCCUUUCGGUUCAAAUAAAAUCUUGAAAACAACAAAAUGUGAAAUCAUCGCUCGAAAAAUCGCCAAAAUUCCAAAUCUCUUCUUCGCCUUCUCUCUGCACCCCCAAUUUAACAAAAAAACCCUAGCUACAACCCUAACUCCAUGAAGGCGUCGCUCAAGUUUCGGGAGGACCAGCGGCCCCUUGCCCGGGCGAAAAUCCCCAUCAGCAUCCUCGGACUCCCCUUUCUCGCUGGCGCCGCCGCCGGUGAUCCCCACGAUCUCCGCCUCGACCUCACCACGGCCUUCGAUUCGGGGCCAGCGUUCCGUGUGUCCUACCUCCCUAACGAGCCUUUCAAUCCCUUCACCCUAGCUGUCAAGACUGGCAUCGGCUCAUUUGGCUCACCCGUUUCUGCUCCCUUUUCCAUGAUCACGGAGUUCAACCUCUUCUCUUCCCACGGAGUCUCCGGAAGCCCUGCCUUUUCGGUCCUCUUCAAGCCCCGCCUCGGUGAUUUCUGCUUCAGAAAAUCAGCUUCGUCGUCUUCGUCAUCAAGGGAGAUAAUCCCCGUAUCGGACGGUGAGGAAAUGUUUCCUCCUUCACCUUCAGCGGCUAAAGGGGUCAACGGAAUCCACUCCAACGGGAAAGUGAACGACAUCGUGGUGGACUUGCCUGCCGCACGGGGAGGAAUAGGUGGGCUGCUCUCCGGCAUAGAGGUAACAGCAAUGAGUGUUCUUCCGAUUCGCAGCCGAGCUAUGGUGGGAUUCCGGUGGGGUUUUAGGAUGCCUAAGGAGCUUCAGUCAUCAUUCUCCACGGAUACUUUCUCCAUGACCAAUCUCCCCAUGCUUGUGAUGAACAAGAUCUCCAUCAAGCAUAUACCAGCACGUGCUAACUCGAAGCUGCUUCAGGACAGUGGAACCAGUGUCUCAGCCAGUGAAGUAACCCAGGCUUGCAAGUCUGUUAGGCAGGAUAUUGCAGCUCUGCUGGCUGAAAGCUCAGAUCUCAGGAAGGCCGUGGAGGAUCUUCGUGAAAAGAUUGAUGGCAGCGGCUUCCUUUCCGGGAAGAUGUUUCCUACAAUUGGAAACAAGGAUAGCUGUGGUGCUGAAGCUGGGAAGAGCGGGCUGAGGGUGGCAGCUCCACCCUCGGAGCCAUCAAAGAGGGAGCGACGGGGUGACGUGAAAUCAGCAUCUGAGGAUGUGAAUGAGGAGCUGAAGAAGGCGCUGAUGAGUGCCAGCAAUGCUGGAAAAUAGAGGCCUGAUGCGGUGGUGAACUAAUCUGAGGAUUUGAAUGAGGAGCUGAAGAAGGUGCUGAUGAGUGCGAGCAAUGCCGGAAAAUAGAGGCUUGAUGCGGUGGUGGACUAAUCUUGUCAAAUAUUUGGGUCAUCGAAAGGACGCCGUUUUACAUGAAUAAACCAUCUAAGGUGACUCUCUCUAAUCUUAUCUGUCACUGGAGCUACUCUAACCUUUCCACAUAUAUGCUCGUUUUGUAUCCUGUUUUUAAGAGCAAAUCUACUCAUCCACCUGAGCAUCCUCAUCUUAGCAACACUUAACUUAAUAUUAUGCUUCUCUUUUAAUAGCCAACAUUAUGCUCCAUAAAGCAUUGUAGGUCU